GCCCCACUUCAACAUCGAGUUCACGCGCUGCCACAAGAGAAGCGGCUUCUCCACCAGCCCUGAGUCGCCGUACACGCACUGGAAGCAGACGGUGUUUUACAUGGAGGAAUACCUGACGGUGAAGAGCGGCGAGGAAAUUUUCGGCACCAUCACCAUGAAACCCAACGCCAAAAACAACCGCGACCUGGACUUCACCAUCGACCUGGACUUCAAGGGGCAGCUCUGCGAGCUCUCGUGCUCCACCGAUUACCGCAUGCGCCACGCCCCCUCCCCUGCUCAGGUGCGGCCGCGGCUUUGGGGCGGCCAAGCCACGCCCACCAAUCCAGGCCACGCCCCCCAAUCCAGGCCACGCCCCCUCCCCCGCUCAGGUGCGGCCGCGGCGCAGGAUUUCGGGGCUGUGAUGGCGCGCGGGUACUUCCAGCACGGGGGGGUGACGUUCCCGGGGCUCCUUUACUCCCCCCGGGGCCUCGAGGCCGCGCGCGAGUUCCCGGUGGAGGACGACGACGUUUUCAACGUCACCUACCAGAAAUCCGGCACGGUGUGGAUGCUGGAGAUCCUGAGCCUGAUCCGGCAGGGGGGGGACCCGCGCUGGUGCCGCUCGGUGCCCAACUGGGAGCGGGGGCCGUGGCUGGAGACGCUGCUGGGGCUGCGCCGGGCGCGCGCCAACGCCCGGCCCCGCAUCAUCAGCUCCCACCUGCCCCUGCACCUCUUCCCCAAACGCUUCUUCACCUCCAAGGCCAAGGUGAUUUACACCGUGCGGGACCCCAAGGACGUUCUGGUUUCCCUUUUCCAUUUCGCCCGAAUUUUCCGGCCCUACAAAGACCCCGGGAGCCUCGAGGAGUUCAUGGAGAAAUUCCUGCAGGGAGACGUGCCCUUCGGCUCCUGGUUCCAGCACGUCCGGGGGUGGCUCCAGCUCCGGGGGAAGGAGAAUUUCUUCUGGAUCAGCUACGAGGAGCUGCAGCAGGAUCUCCGUGGCAGCGUCCAGCGCCUCUGCUCGUUCCUGGGCCGGCCGCUGUCGCCGUCGGCCGUGGACGCCGUGGUGGCCAACGCGUCCUUUGUCACCAUGAGCCACAACCCCAUGAGCAACUUCAGCCUCAGCCCGGCCUUCAUCCUGGACCGGCGGCGCGGGCCCUUCCUGCGCAAGGGAAUUUCGGGGGACUGGCGGAACCACCUCACCCCCGAGCAGAGCCAGCGCUUCGACCUCGUUUACCGCGAGCACAUGGAAGGGUUGGGGGUCUCCUUCCCCUGGGACCCCCCGGAAUCCCCCCCAAAAUCCCCAAAACCCGGGACCCCUCCCCAGGCCCC